CACCCACACACGUCCAACCGUCUGGCAGCCCUGGUGCUGGAGCCCUCUCGAGAGUGUAAAAUUUGUUUACUGGCAUUUAAAUAUCCGCGAAUUGAGGCCACAAAGCCUGACUCAUAAUUCGGAACCGAUGCGCGGAGCUACUAGAUGAGUGCCUGGAUGAGCGGGCAGCCGAACUUUCGCACUAGCCACACAAAUAACAAGGGAAACUAUGAGUUUGCACUACGCGGAAUCGGAAUCUUCGCAGUCAGAGAGCAAAAUGGACAUCUCGGAGACGCCGACGGACUCCACGGGCGUCUCGCCGCUCGCGGAUGAUGCGGUGUCCACAGCUCCUGAAAAGAAUAUCCUGGAAUUGGAGCAUACAAUUGACCAUAAUAAGGAGGAGCUCGAGUUCAAGACUGGCUCCGCCUUGGACAACAGAAUACUGCGUCCGGAGAUGCUGCCCCUGGAAAUGAUGCCACAACGACACACCAUCGAGCGCACCCUGGCCAACAGUCAUCCGUUGAUGUCGCCAACCAACACGGACUCGGAUUCCGAGCCCUAUCAGGUGAAAAAUCAGGAGAAACUGCAGCCGAGGAACAACUUUCCGGACGUAGUGCCCACCACGGAGACGGUGCAGGCGAAGAACUCACUGAAUCAAGCCCGGAACAAGCCACAGGAUGCCAAGGUCAGCCUGCUGAGGGCCAACAGCCCGGAUAUCCUCAGCAGCGAGUCGGAUGCGGAUGUGUCCCAGUACUUGGCCGCCGUGGAGUCAAACUUUCAGUCUGUCUCCCUGAUGCCCAAUGGCAAUGGCAAGAAGUCUAAGCGUAGCACUACACUUCCUGGCGGUGAGGACAUAUCUAGCUUGGAUUCCAUCUCCAAUCACAGCUUCGAUGAUGACGAGGACAUCGAGCACAAUCUGGCCUCCUUGAGUCCUUCGAGCUCGUUGAUCGAUGGGUUGGAUGGAGAGGAUGACGAUGAUGAUUGCGAAGGUCCGGAGCUACUGCCCGACCAUGAUGACGACCUGGAACUUGACCUGGAGUUCGGCCUGGCCACUACGCCCACACCAAAUGCCCCGACAUCGGGCACGGGUGGCUCCACUCUGCCACAAUAUACGGCUGCUGAAGAGCGGCGUGAUUCACGAAAUUGGCAGAAGAUCACUCUGCCCGAUGGACGCACACGGGAGAUCGACAUGCGAGUCAUUGAGCCCUACAAGCGUGUGCUAUCCCACGGCGGAUAUCUCAAAUCUGGCGGCCAAAACGCCAUAGUCAUCUUUUGCGCCUGCCACCUGCCUGAUAGGUCGAGGGCCGACUACAGCUAUGUGAUGGACAACCUGUUUCUCUACGUGGUCAAGACCUUAGAGCAGCUGGUCACAGAUGACUAUGUGCUGAUCUAUCUGCAUGGCGGCUCCAACAGACGGAAUGUGCCGCCAUUUCCCUGGCUCAAACGAUGCUACCAACUGUUGGACCGCCGGCUGCGCAAAAGCCUAAAGCAUAUGUAUUUGGUGCACCCCACAUUCUGGAUCAAGUCGCUGGUGUGGAUGGCGCGGCCUUUUGUGAGCACAAAGUUCUGGCGCAAGCUAGUCUACGUGAAGUCACUGGAGGAGCUCGGCCUGCACGUGGUCGUGGAGAAGGCGGCCAUUCCGGAGAAGGUCAAGCAAUAUGACGCCAAGCGGCACUGAGGAUCUGCAAUGCCGAUACCCCAGACUUGUUUUACUCAAAACGCUAAUGCAAACGCAACGCAUUCAUGCCACACUCGCUACUCGAGCCUCUGCAUUCCCCAUCUUCAAUACGGAUUAAGGCCAAUCCUCCAACCGACCGUUUGCGCUCUCUCGCUAUGCUUUAAUUUAAGAUCUCAAUCUUUGUGAUACUUUAUGUUUGCCUUCUCUCAGUCGAGUCGAAUCCCCCCUCCUGCAUUUUUCCGUGUGAAGCGUAAAGGCGUUCAAAAAAACAUCGAACAAGUUUUUGUAGUUCUUUAUUGGCAGUCGUAGAAAUCGUAUUAGUAGACACAGACUUACUUGUGCUAGGAUCCUAUAUAUACACAUACAUACAUAAUGAUACCAUGUAGUUAUCGUGUAGCUUCCGCUUCAUAUAUUUUGUAAUGGAACAGACAUACAUAUGCAACCAGAAACCACCAAACUUCCUAACAUGUUACCUUUAUUUGUAGCUGCAAAAAAGAAACACGAAGUUAAACAAGAUUGUAACACACACCUAACUAAAUUUAAUCAUAAGUAAUUGAAAUCUUUAGCUGAAUUUUGCAUCCAAUAUCGCAUAUUGUAUAUUCGAAGCGUUCCGAGCACGACACUUUCGCUGACACUGAGAGACCCCAUGCCAGCCGACAGUAGGUGCCCCAUUUAUCUCAUCCACCAUCAGAGUUAGCCGAUUAGCCUGUAAGUGAACUAGCGACCAUUCUUUGUGAAAUCUACACACGGACACACGUAGAAUCUCUAUAGCGGAUAAAGUGACGUACAAUUAGGCAAUGUAACCGAUUGAUAUUAAGAGCGACAUUUUGUUGGUUUCCUUUUACCGCUUUAAACAAACAAUAAUAAUAAAGUGCAAGAUGAUUUUUUA